CCAACGGAGGACAAUUUGGACGCCGAGAGACGAGCCAAACCCCACAGCGCUUCACUCUUCUCUUCCGCUCCCCACCGCCUCCUGCCCACCCCCAUCGCCGCCGCCGCGCCCGCCGCCCGCCGCUGCCACCGACGACAUCGACGACGCGUAGUAGUUUAAGUUUUCCAUCUAUCUCUGGAAAUGCAUCCCCCUCUGACAUUGCACAGGCAUCCUAUGUGCGCUGAGAUUAUCGAGGAGUUCCAAAAGUGCCAUCUGGAUCACCCUGUGAAGAAGUUCUUCGGAGAGUGUACAGACCUUAAAAUCAAGCUAGAUCGCUGUUUCCGACAAGAGAAAGCUUUGAAGAGGAAGGCUAACUUCGAAGAGAGCAAGAAAUUCAAAGAACAGCUACUUGCCUACAAGAGGGAGAUUGCAGAGACAAACCAGGAAUGAGCUCUUUAACGCUUAUGCUCCUUGUUCGUGACAAUAUGACCUCAAUCUUGUGAAAGAAAAGAAGUGUUCCCUUUUUUGGUUCUGUAUGUGAUCUUAUAAAUGCUACAGUAAUACUCAGGAGCACAGUUGGCCGAUUGGCAUCUAAUGAUCGGCGCUAAAUAGUUGUUGAAUUCUCUAUUGAUCUUGGAUUCUUGGGUUAUGCUGCCCUAUUGUUCAUGGAUGAUGCUUCUGUAGAAUUCAAGCUCUGAACCGGUUGUAGAGUUGUAGACAGAUACAAGUAUUGUUCUGUGCUUGUGUGAUCUGUUGUUGAGAUAACAACUCUUUACAUGAAUCCAAUAAUGUGAAAUACUUCUCUGCUGC